GGGACACGUUACGGAGACGUACUGAUUUGUCGUCAACACGAACAACUUAAGUGUCAUACAUGCCUGUCUCCGAGCACUGACAGUCAGCAGUGAAGCAUGAAUGUGAACCAGGGGACGGUGGGCAGCGACCCGGUCAUUCUGGCCACGGCUGGAUACGACCACACUGUCCGUUUCUGGCAGGCCCACAGCGGGAUCUGCACCAGGACAGUCCAGCACCAGGACUCUCAAGUAAAUUCACUCGAGGUCACACCUGACAGGAGUAUGAUCGCAGCUGCAGGUUAUCAGCACAUCCGCAUGUACGACCUGAACUCUAACAACCCCAACCCUGUGAUCAACUACGACGGCGUUAGCAAGAACAUCACAUCUGUGGGCUUCCAUGAAGAUGGACGCUGGAUGUACACGGGAGGAGAAGAUUGUAUGGCUCGCAUAUGGGACCUCAGGUCAAGAAAUCUGCAGUGUCAGAGGAUAUUCCAGGUCAAUGCUCCAAUCAACUGUGUAUGCCUGCAUCCCAACCAGGCAGAGCUGAUUGUUGGAGACCAGAGUGGAGUGAUUCAUAUCUGGGAUCUGAAGACUGACCACAAUGAACAGCUGAUCCCUGAGCCGGAGGUCUCGGUCAACUCAGUUCACAUUGACCCAGAUGCCAGUUACAUGGCAGCGGUCAACAGCUCGGGGAACUGUUAUGUGUGGAACCUCGCUGGAGGCAUCGGAGAUGAGGUGACUCAGCUCAUUCCCAAGACCAAGAUCCCUGCACACAAACGCUACUCCCUCCGCUGCAAGUUCAGCCCUGAUUCCACUCUGCUGGCCACCUGCUCAGCAGACCAGACCUGUAAGAUCUGGAGGACGUCCAAUUUCUCGCUGAUGACGGAGCUGAGCAUCAAGAGCAACAAUCCCGGAGAGACAUCAAGAGGCUGGAUGUGGGACUGUGCUUUCUCUGGAGACUCCCAAUAUAUUGUCACAGCCUCCUCGGACAACCUGGCCCGCCUGUGGUGCGUGGAGACCGGGGAGAUCAAGAGGGAAUACAGCGGCCACCAGAAGGCCGUGGUGUGUCUGGCCUUCAAUGACAGUGUGCUGGGCUGAGGCAGACAGUCUGUGCAGAGUUGGAACAAGGACAGGAAAAGCAGUGGACUCUUUGGAAGAAGUGCAGUUGGCAUUAAUGGGAGUUAUUUAAAGUGGUCCCAGAGACGAUCAUCUGGAGACUCAUGUUUGAACGUUACGAUGAAUCUCAGCUGUGUUUCAAGAUGUCUACAGUGCUCCUCCUUGCCGGGUGCCUGUAAGUAUUCAGCAUCACAGCAAGGCCGGAAUUUAUACAGUAAAAAUCCAAGUUAAAGGAAAGUCGUGUGGGAGAACAUCUGUACCAACAGUUUAGAAACUGGUUGAAGAUCAAGAUGCACGAUUAUAUUAAUCAGGUUCCCUCUAUGUUUUUAACUUUCUCACUCUUUACGCAACAGGAGAUCCUUUUCAGCUCUGUUUUUAUAGUGCUCUGUAUUUAUUGUUAUAAAAGGACCACAUUGUUCUCAUGCAUGAUGUAUGUAAUUCACUGGAUUCUCUGUAUUCACAGUUAUGUUGUACUGUUCUUGAUGAUCACAUGUGUUUUAGGCGUGGAGAGAAAAUGAUGUACAGAAAGUGAUUCCACAGUAAACACGACAUUCA